AUGGGGAAGAACUUAUGCGCCACGAUCGGUCUGCUCGGUCUGGCAUUGACCAGCACCGUGUCAGCGCUGCCGUCAGACUUUGAGCUGUCCAAGGCCUUGGACAAGCGACAGCAGCAGCAACCCUUCAACAGUGACUAUGAUGGUCCCAUCCUCGAGUCGCCACCGAGCUACCCAUCGCCAUGGAGCAACGGCGUCGGCGACUGGGCCGUAGCUCACCAGAAAGCCGUCGCUUUCGUUAGCCAAUUGACGCUUGCUGAGAAGGUCAACCUGACCACAGGAACUGGUUGGACUAGCGACAGAUGUGUGGGUAACACGGGCGCCAUUCCUCGACUCGGGUUUCACCAGCUAUGCAUGCAGGACGGCCCUCUUGGUCUGCGAUUCGCCGAUCGGGUCAGUGCCUUCCCUGCCGGUAUCAACGUCGCUGCCACCUGGAAUCGCGAGCUCGCGCUCGAGCGUGGCGCUGCUAUGGGUGCAGAAGCUGCCGGAAAGGGUGUUGAUGUUCAGCUGGGACCUGCUAUCGGGCCACUCGGACGGUUUCCGAACGGUGGACGUAAUUGGGAGGGCUUCAGUCCCGAACCCUAUCUUGCUGGUCAGAUUGUCGCCGAGACCGUUAAAGGCAUUCAGUCUUCUGGCGUUGUUGCUACCACCAAGCACUACAUCGCCAACGAGCAAGAGCACUUCCGUCAAGUUGGUGAAUCGACAGGUCGCGGCUAUGAUAUCACAGAGACCCUGAGCUCGAACAUUGAUGACAAGACCAUGCACGAACUCUAUCUCUGGCCAUUCGCAGAUGCUGUCAAAGCUGGCACCGGGUCCAUCAUGUGCUCGUAUCAACAGGUCAACAACAGCUAUGCCUGUGCAAACUCCUAUGUACUCAACCAUCUUCUGAAGAAUGAGCUUGGCUUUCAAGGUUUCAUCAUGUCCGAUUGGGCUGCGCAACACAGUGGAAUGAGCUCUGCUGCCGCCGGUCUAGAUAUGACCAUGCCCGGAGACACUCUGUUCAACACCGGCUACACGUUUUGGGGAACAAAUUUGACUGUUGGCGUCCUGAAUGGCACGCUCCCUCAAUGGCGGUUGGACGACAUGGCCGUGAGGAUCAUGUCAGCCUACUACUUUGUGGGCCACGACGAGGUCUAUACCGAUACGAACUUCAACUCCUGGGGUUAUACCGCUUUCGGACACAUCCACCCAAUCGAUCCGAACUCUCCCAUUGGUCUGGUGAACGAGUUCGUCAACGUACAAGACGAUCAUCGUUCGGUCAUUCGACGGAUUGGCCAGCAGUCGACUGUCCUGCUGAAGAAUUCUGGUGUGCUACCACUCACCGGUAAGGAGCAACAAGUUGGUAUCUUUGGAUAUGACGCCUGCAGCAAUCCUGCUGGUCCCAAUGGUUGCGAUAAUCGCGGCUGCAACAACGGGACCCUGGCAAUGGGCUAUGGUUCAGGCACUGCAGAGUUCCCUUACCUGGUCACACCGCAAGAAGCAAUCGAGACAUACAUCCUCUCCAACACCGAUGGUGUCGUGCAGACUAUCUGCCAGAACAACGCAGACACCCAGAUACAAAAGCUCGCAAGCACGAUAGAUACCGCACUGAUCUUCGUGAACGCUCACGCUGGCGAAGGCUUUAUCGACAUUGAUGGCAAUGUCGGUGACCGAAACAAUCUGAGCGUCUGGGAGAAUGGCGAUCGACUGAUCGGCAAUGUCACGACAUACAGCAACAAUACCGUCAUUGUGAUCCACUCUGUUGGCGCCGUCAAUGUCACAGCAUGGUACGAUAAUCCCAAUGUCACCGCUAUCAUCUGGGCAGGUCUGCCAGGUCAGGAAAGCGGCAACGCGCUUGUUGAUGUGCUUUACGGUGCUGUCAGCCCUGGAGGCAAACUGCCAUUCACCAUCGGCCGCAACUUUGACGAUUAUGGCCCGGCAAAAAUCAUCUUUGAACCCAAUAACGGACAGUUUGGUGCACCUCAAGAUGACUUUUCCACCACAGGAGUAUUCAUUGACUAUCGCCACUUCGACCAGGAGGGCAUUGACCCAAUCUACGAAUUCGGCUUCGGACUCAGCUACACCACGUUCGAAUUCUCAGACCUCGUCAUCACUCCUCGUAACCCCGCGCCAUACGUCCCUGGAGGCGGUCUGACCCAGCCUGCACCAACCUACGGGAAUGUCUCAUCAAACGUGGAUGAGGUCAUCUACCCUGCCGAGAUCGACUACUAUUACCUUUACAUCUACCCUUACCUCAACAGUAGCGACCUUGAGGCCUCAGCAAACGACCCAGAGUACGGCGAGCCAUCUGAAAACUACCUGCCUGCUGGCUACGAUGACGCAUCUCCUCAGCCAGUCUUACCAGCUGGUGGUGCUCCCGGUGGCAACCCAGGUCUUUGGGAGGUUGUGGCCACCGUCCAGGCACUCGUCACCAAUACGGGCAGUGUUGCUGGUGAUGAAGUCGCUCAGGUCUAUAUCGGUCUUGGUGACGGAGAACCACCAAAGGUUCUUCGUGGCUUCGAACGCUUGACCAUUCCAGCAGGAGGCUCGGUCACAUUCACUGCCGAGCUGACUCGCAAGGACGUCAGCGUCUGGGACGUCGUCACGCAGAAUUGGGUUGAGGUCGAAAGCCCUGUCGUCUACGUCGGCUCGUCUAGCCGAAAGACACCGCUCCAAGGUACGCUGACUAGUGGCUCUGGCGGUAGUCCACCAGCAGGUGGCAACGAGACCAGUAUCAUCCCAUAUCCGCCAACAUACCCGGGCUCUCAGACAGGCUCCUGGGGCUCUUGGGGCGCGAGCACUGUCGUACCGACGGUGACGCAGAUUAGCGACGGUCAGCCGCAAGCACCAACGCAUACGUGA